AUGGCAUCACACUCACCAACCCGUUUCUGUUUCUUUCUCAUUGUUCUCUGUGCAGUCUUCAUCUUGGGAGCUAACGGAGCCUCACCGUCCCACUCGCACAACGCUGCCCCAGCCCCCGCCGUGGAUUGCUUCUCCCUGGUUCUAACCAUGGCGGAUUGCUUGUCCUUCGUCACCAAUGGCAGCACCACCACCAAGCCGGAAGGUAACUGCUGCUCCGGGCUCAAAUCGGUUCUGAAAACGGCGCCUCAGUGUCUGUGUGAAGCCUUCAAGAGCAGCGCUCAGUUCGGCGUCGUUCUCAAUGUCACCAAGGCCCUCGCUCUCCCCGCUGCAUGCAAAGUCUCCGCCCCUUCCGCUUCCAACUGUGGAUUGUCUGAAACACCUGCCGCCGCUCCUGUGUAUCUAACAGGACUUCUAAUGGAGAGUUUGGAAUCAACUAGCACCUUUGGGGGAAGCAGGUGGAAGAAGAAGCAGCAGCUGAGAUUCACCAGCCAAAAACCAUUCAAGCUAAGAACUGAGGAAAGGGGGAAGGUGAAAGAGGAAGAAUUUGUGAAGAAGAUACAUGAAAUGAUGACAGAGGAAGAGAAGCAAAGGAUACCAAUAGCCCAAGGGCUUCCAUGGACAACAGAUGAACCUGAGUGUUUGGUAAAGCCUCCUGUCAAAGAAAUCACACAGCCGAUUGACCUGCAGCUUCACAGUGAUGUGCGGGCAAUGGAUCGUGCUGAGUUUGAUCAUCAGGUUGCAGAAAAAUUGAGUUUGAUAGAGCAGUACAAAUUGGAGAAGGAGAGGCAACAAAAGGUAUUUUUGUCUCUUUCAUUUGAUGAAGAUCUUGGGAUGUAA